GUCCCGCAUGAGGCUGUGAAGCAGGAUUUUCCAAAACGCGCUUCGUGCGGGGGCUGAGAGGAUGGCCCAGCUUUUUGAUGGGAGGCGCUGGGCCCUGGGCACGCUGCCCGGACCACAUAAAAGCGUACAGGCACCGUCCGAGCGCGCGUCGGACGCACACCGGACCGGUCCAGCGGCGUCGAAGCCGACGCGUCGCGUGAGAGGCUGCCCACCACUCCCAGCCAAGGGAGAGCAAACGCCAUGGCCAUGGCCCGCCCCCGCUCCCGCGUCUUUGAGAGACCCUCGUCGAAACAACGGGCCAUCACGCCCUCGUCCAAAGAAAUGACACCAGCACAAAAAGAAAAAGAGAAGGAAUUGAUGGCAAGGGUCGGCAACGAGUGCUUCGAGCACGUGAAAGGGUGCUGCGGCACGCACAUCUACGCGCACCAGAAGGCCACCGCGAUUAAUUUAUUGCUGCACCAUGACUGGCUGUGCGAACUGAGGCAUGCCAUGCGACCUAGACGAACCCAUCUAGGCUUCACCGCCGACGCCUUCGCUCACAUGCGGCAACGGGACUCGUUGCUCGAUUCACCACCGAAGAACCCGCCGCCGGUCGAGGAGGCGUGGCGGCCGGGCACCGCUCCCCGGUUCCUAGCCGAAGGUAUCGUGUGGCCUCAACACAUACGACCGGCGACGGCCGUCGCGGAGGGCGAGCCGCCCGACGACUGGCCCCAGUUCUGCAAGGCGUUCUGCAUCACUAUUAAAGAGGGCACUCGGGCCCAACAUCUCAGGUUGUUGUUUGAAACUUAUGCGCGAGAGCAGCCUGGCGCCAUUUCCCGAGAAGAAGCUCGCGAUGUGUGCCUGAAGCACGUCCACCGGUCGGGACGCGUGGAGGAGCGCCCGGCGAAGAACGCUGUGUGUGCUCAAGAACUUGUUGAGGAUUUCGACAGUGUCUCAAGGGAGGGCUUCUUGGAUUGUGUCGGGUUUGAAGAAUUGUGGAGAAGGCACAUGCGCGUCUACAAGCAGCUCAAGAUUGACGUGUGGUGCCUGCUGCAGGACCUCGGUCGACGGGACGCCGCCGAGCGCGCGGUCAUGCGGCGGCCCUUCGAGCAGAAGAGGCGGGACGCCUGGUCGCUCAUCGACCGGAAGAUGGCCACGGACGUGGCGAACUUUAAGGAUACCUUGUGAUU